UAUUUACAUAAGGUCGUCCUCAUUGUGAAGUUUUGCUUUUCAUAUCUUUGCCAAUAAUUUUGGUGCCUCCAUCCAGAGGAGGUUGGUAACUCAGUCUCUCUCUCUCUCUACACUUAGACGACGGCAUUUUAGUCAUCCAAUCUCUCUGACUUUUCACCAUUUGAAGCCCUCGUGAUAGCGAUGAGAAGAAACUGAAACAGAGAGAUACGGAGUUUUGUUUAUAUAACUAUAUACACUAUUCAAUAUCGAUAUAUAUAUAUAUAUAUAUCGAGAGAGAGAACGAGAGGUUUAUUUGUUGGUAAAGCUCGAGCUUCAUUGCAAUGGCGGUUCGAAGAAUGCCAUCUGUUCUCUUUCGCUCGUUUGCUUCGUCCUCUGUUGCUUUGCUUUCUCGAGGUAAACAAUCUAAUGUUGGCAGAGGAAUCAGCAAAUAUAGCACUGCUGCUUUAGUUGAGGAGCCAAUCAAACCACCUGUUAAUGUAAAUUACACUCAGCUUCUUAUCAAUGGACAAUUUGUGGAUGCUGCAUCCGGGAAAACAUUUCCGUCCGUGGACCCUAGGACAGGGGAUGUGAUUGCUCGUGUUGCUGAAGGCGAUGCAGAAGACAUCAACCGAGCAGUUGCUGCUGCUCGCAAGGCUUUUGAUGAAGGACCCUGGCCAAAAAUGCCUGCUUAUCAAAGAUCGCGAAUAAUGUUGCGCUGUGCUGAUUUGAUUGAAAAGCAUAAUGAUGAAAUUGCAGCACUUGAGACUUGGGAUAAUGGAAAGCCAUUUGAACAGUCUGCUAACAUUGAAGUACCGAUGCUUGUAAGACUAAUUCGAUAUUAUGCUGGUUGGGCCGAUAAAAUUCAUGGUCUCACAGUUCCUGCUGAUGGCCUGCACCAUGUGCAAACCCUGCACGAACCAAUUGGUGUUGCAGGUCAGAUUAUCCCAUGGAACUUCCCUCUUCUCAUGUAUGCCUGGAAGGUUGGGCCUGCAUUAGCAUGCGGUAACACUGUUGUUUUGAAGACCGCAGAGCAGACACCACUGUCAGCUUUAUAUGUAUCAAAGCUAUUCCUUGAGGCUGGGCUUCCUCCAGGUGUUCUUAAUGUGGUUUCUGGCUUCGGCUCCACUGCUGGUGCAGCUCUUGCCAAACAUAUGGAUGUGGAUAAGCUUGCUUUCACUGGAUCAACAGAAGUCGGAAAAAUUGUACUUGAACUGGCUGCUAAAAGCAAUCUUAAGCCAGUGACCUUGGAGCUGGGAGGAAAAUCCCCUUUCAUUGUAUGUGAGGAUGCUGACGUGGAUAAGGCCGUUGAACUGGCUCACUUUGCUCUGUUCUUUAACCAGGGACAAUGCUGCUGUGCUGGCUCUCGUACAUAUGUACAUGAACGCGUCUAUGAUGAGUUUGUAGAGAAAGCAAAAGCACGUGCCAUGAAACGUGUCGUUGGUGAUCCAUUCAGGAAGGGAAUUGAACAAGGUCCCCAGGUUGAUUCGGAGCAAUUUGAAAAGAUCCUGAAGUGUAUAAGAUCUGGGAUCGACAGUGGAGCUACCCUUGAGACUGGAGGUGAGAGAUUUGGUACCAAGGGCUACUAUAUCACGCCCACGGUUUUCUCUAAUGUUCAGGACAAUAUGUUUAUUGCAAAGGAGGAGAUCUUUGGUCCGGUGCAAUCUAUCUUAAAAUACAAGGAUCUUAAUGAUGUGAUACGAAGGGCAAAUGCGUCUCGUUAUGGGCUGGCUGCAGGGGUGUUUACUCAGAACCUCAGCACCGCCAACACCUUGAUGCGUGCAUUGAGAGUUGGGACAGUGUGGAUUAACAGCUUCGAUACGUUUGAUGCUGCAAUCCCUUUCGGUGGUUACAAGAUGAGCGGACAUGGCAGAGAAAAGGGAAUCUACAGUCUCAGUAACUACUUGCAAGUAAAGGCCGUUGUUACUCCCUUGGAAAAUCCUGCAUGGUUAUAACUUCUCACAUUUCGAUUCAGAUUUCGUUUGAAAAUAAAGAGCAGGCCGCAACAGAAUCUUAGGUCGGACUUGCUUGACAUUGAUGAUGAUGAUCAAAGACCCUUUUUUUUUUGGCUUCUUUUGUUGGAAAUGGCUGAUACAAAUAAAUUAUGUUGCAAUCUGUGGUUAAGGCUAAUGAAAACUGCUUUAUUUUUCCUAGAUUUCAUAUUAAAAUGGAAAAUUAUCUGAAGUUGUGUGAUCG